GCGGCGGGAGAGAGAGAAGUAGAGCGAGAGAGAGAGACUGUUUCUCUGGUCUAGUUCAGGCAGUUCUUUUCUCUUCUCAAGGCUACUUGGAUAUUACUGGAUGGUACUGUGCACUGCAACGCUAGCCUAGCUCUCUCAUCCUCCUCUCCUCUCGUCUUCCUCUCUGCCCUGUACGUGUGUUGGGAAGGUGCCUGUCUCAGGUGCAGACAUGGCCACCUCUGUGCUCUCCAGGAUUAUUCUAUGUCUUGCUAUAUCUCUGGUUCCGGUUUUGACAGUGACCAGCCAGGAUGUCAAGCUAGGGCACAAAGACAGCUGUGCCGAAAACGGCAAAGUCUACAGCAACAACGAGAUGUGGAACCCGGAGCCAUGUAAGAUCUGUGUGUGUGACCUGGGGACUAUUACCUGUGAGGACGUCCGAUGUGAAGACCUAGCCUGUAAUGAAACCAGCACCCCUGAGGGAGAAUGUUGCCCUGUGUGCUCUGAGGCCGCAGGUACCCAGGGCCAGCAGGCUACUACCUGGGAUAAUCUGCUACCAAAGAUCAAAACAGAGGAGAAGACAGACGAGACCUGCAGGGACAACGGGCAGGUGUACGCCCACAACGACAUGUGGACCCCAGAGCCGUGCAGGGUGUGUGUGUGUGACAGUGGAACCACCAUCUGUGAGGAGGUGCAGUGUGAGAUGGUGGGGAACUGUGAGAAGGUGACCAUCCCUGAGGGAGAGUGCUGCCCUGUGUGUGACAGCUUCUCCAGCGCUAAAAGGAGGAUAGAAAUGAUGGCGUUCAAGGGUCAGAAAGGCGAACCUGGUGAUAUCCCUUACGUCGUGGGGCCAGUAGGUCAACCCGGACCAAUGGGUCCUCCCGGAGCUCAUGGGAACAGAGGAUACACUGGUUUCAAGGGCAGAAAAGGUUUACAGGGCCCAGCUGGCAUCGAUGGGGAACCAGGAGUCCCAGGGAACCCUGGUGAGCCAGGAUCCCCCGGCCAGCCCUCACACCCUGGG